AUGGGCUCCAUAGCGUACGAUGCCCCAAAGGACGACAGUAAAAGAGCAGUCACAAUCCUGGUCACAGGCUUUGGUCCGUUCCAGGAAAAGUACCCGGUCAACCCAUCAUGGGAAAUAGCAAGAUCCUUACCAUCCGCCUUACCAAACGCCACCGCAGAUGGCAGACCUAUCCAGAUCAUUACCUAUGGUUCUCCAAUACGCGUUUGCUACAAGGACUCUUACGAGCUGAUACCACCUCUUCUGGAAGCAUAUAGCUCAACCAUUGACCUAGUCCUCCACAUUGGCAUGGCUUCGGGUCGAGCGUUCUAUACUGCUGAGCGCUACGCACAUCGAGAUGGUUACGUGAAGAACAAAGAUCUGGAUGGUAAUCUCCCUCAACUUGACGAGUCCGAAGACCUUUUGAAAGACUGUCCCGAGCGUUUAGAGACAUCUUUGGGCUUCGAGAAAUUGCUGCAACAGUGGCAAUAUACCAUCAAGCAUAUUCCUGCGACUUCGCCAGCUCAUGGUGCGGAUUGCCGAGGUAGUGAUGACGCUGGUCACUAUCUCUGUGACUACACGUACCGUAACAGCAUGGUUUGGUACGGAAGGACUAACGAGAUGCUCGAAGGCGGAAAGAAAUCUGAUCGGCCCGUGAUGUUUCUACACGUGCCCGCCGAGAGUGAUGAGGCAACGUUGAAAAAGGGAGCCGUGGUGGCGAUAGCACUGAUUCAGGCGAUGGUGGAUGAUCUGAUCGCGCCGGACUCAUCUUGA